AUGCUGCGUGUUUACAAUACAAUGAGCGGGAUGUUCAUAUCAUAUAUGGGUAUUCUAACCAUCAUUCUUGGCGUUAUUGGUGGAGUUUUAAACAUCAUUAUUUCUUUAAGUCUUUGCAUCUUUCAUGAACAUUCUUCAAGUAUUUAUCUAGUAAAAGUCAUGUCUGUAGUGAAUCUUAUUGAACGAAUACUGGGCUAUCUAUACCGAAUACUGGUUGAUGGAUUCCUUGCUGAAUAA